AUGACUGUAUCCUAUACCCUGAAAGUGGCCAAUGCCAGGUUUGGGGGGUUCUCCAAGCUGCUGUUCCGCUGGAAGGGAAGUAUCUACAAACUACUGUACAAGGAGUUUCUGGUCUUCAUCUCAUUUUAUACCUUGCUGAGUGUUAUAUACAGGUGUGUCCUGAAAGGAGAUCAGAGGCUGCUGUUUGAGAAAGUGGCCAAAUACUGCAACACAUACACCGAGCUGAUCCCCAUUUCUUUUGUUCUGGGAUUCUACGUCACACUCAUUGUCAACCGUUGGUGGGCCCAGUACACCAGCAUCCCCCUGCCUGACCAGCUGAUGUGCGUGGUGUCCAGCAACGUCCAUGGUGGAGAUGAAAGAGGACGUUUGCUCCGACGCACCCUGAUCCGAUACGCUAAUCUGUCAUCCGUGUUCAUCCUGAGGUCUGUCAGCACCCGGGUGCUCAAGAGAUUCCCAACUAUGGAACAUAUAGUGGAAGCAGGUUUCAUGACCCGUGAAGAGCUGAAGAAAUAUGAGAGUUUAGCAUCUGACUUCAACAAGUACUGGAUCCCCUGCGUCUGGUUUACUAACCUGGUGUCUCAGGCCCGGAGAGAUGGGCGAGUCAGGGAUGACAUUGCCACCAAACUCCUCAUAGAUGAGCUGAAUAAAUAUCGUGCGAAGUGCAGUUUGUUAUUCCACUAUGAUUGGAUCAGUGUCCCGCUGGUGUACACACAGGUGGUGACAAUCGCGGUGUAUUCAUUCUUUGCCUCCUGCAUCAUUGGGCGCCAGUUUGUGGAUGAUAAGGAUAAGGAGGACCUGGAUAUGUACGUUCCGAUUUUCACUUUGCUACAGUUCUUCUUCUAUUCCGGUUGGCUGAAGGUGGCUGAACAGCUCAUUAAUCCCUUUGGAGAAGAUGAUGAUGACUUUGAAACCAACAGACUGAUUGAUAGGAAUCUGCAAGUAUCUUUCUUAUCUGUGGAUGACAUGUACCAAAACCUGCCACCUAUGGUAAAAGACAAAUACUGGGACGAGCAGAGUGCACUACCUCCCUAUACCGUGGCCACAGCAUCCGAAACCCUGAAACCCUCCUUCAUGGGAUCCACCUUCGACAUGCGUAUUGUUGGGGACUCGGAGCAGAGUCAGCAAGUGUCAGCCACUCCCAACCUCCCUCGAGCUCGCACUCCAAUGCUCAGCCGCUUUCUGUCCUCCGCCGCUUCCCCUGCAAUGAGCAUGAAAAACUUCAUGGGCCGGGGCACACGGAACCACCUUGUCCGCUUCAGAGGGGACGGGUUCCCGUCUCCCAGCCCAAAUGCCCGUUACAGCGAUCUUGAUCCAGACGGGCGCAUUGAUGAAGAAGAGAACACAGAAGAUGAGAGUAGGGCCAGUGAGCCACCAACCCCUCAAGUUAUGCCCAGGGUUCCGCGUAGGCUGGAGGCCUCCGAGAAGCAGAAGAAGAUGGAGCAGCCCAAGAUCCCCCUUGUUCUAAUCACCGUUGAUGAACCUUCUGACGAGGACUUGGAUCCAGACCAGACCGAGGGGUAACGAGAGAUGUCUACAGUAGUCAUCAAGAGAUAGGAAACCUGUGGCUCUCCUGGAAACAAACUGUGCAGCUGUAUACUAUCUUUAUUGAAUUGUUGCCUUAUUAUUACUGACACUGGUAAAACUCCCCUUCCAGGGAGCUGUAAGUAGCUUAAUGUUAUGUAACCAGAGAUUGCCCUUGGCGUACCUGGGUAUGUGUUAAUGAUCCAACUAGAUAUCUGUAGCCAUUUGUAGACUGGUGACACUUCUUCAGGAUAUCUUAGUGCUACUCGUGUUUUUAUCCUGAUGUGUUCUCGGGUCUACUACAUUAUGCCGGCACUUGGGAUACCAGCGUCGAGAUCCUGACCGCCAGCAUGCAGGCAAUGGGGUGAGUACAAAAGAGCCCCUUGUAGGCUCGCUGCACUCUCCACGCUGUGGGCAUGAUGGCGUGCUACGCUAUUCUCCCUCCAGGGGUGUCGUGGACACCCCAAGAGAGAGAGAAUAGUUGUCGGUUUGCUGAGCGCCGGGAUCCCGACAGCCAGCAUAUCAAAUGCCUCCCGUAUUCUCUUGUGGCCUUCUUGUUAUAUUUUUGCUAAUAAAGCACUGACUAUUUGUUAUAA